AUGAAUAACCAGCUCUUCGGCUGCACCGACGACGUCGGUGACUGCCUGUACGCGUGCUGCUGCGGCCCGUGCCACGUCGGUACGAUCGCGCAGCGCACGGGCUCGGGCGAUUGCUUCGGGACGUGCUGCAUCAACUACAUCGCGUACAUGUUCUGCUGUCCCCUAGGGCUCGUGCACGGAGGGAGCGUGUUCAAGAGCGCGCUGUAUCGCGUCGGGGUGACGGCCCCGCUCGAUACGAUCGCGUGCAUCUGCUGCCACCCGUGCUUGCAGUGCCAGGUCAGCCGAGAGAUCAACGAUCGACAAGCGGCGGCGGCGGCGAACCCGCAGGCUGGCGCCCCGCAACCGCAAGUGAUCGUCGUGCAAGCGCCGCCGGCGCAAGUGGUGUACAAGUAA